AUGUUCGAGCUGCCCCGCAUAACCAGAGAUGAUCUGAGCAUAACAAAGGCGACAGAAGAGGAUGUGCCAAUUAUUCAAUCCAUGGUUGAAGCCGCAUACACCAAAUACAUCAAUCGCAUCGGCAAGCGACCAGCGCCAAUGGAUGAGGACUACCACCAAGCCAUAUAUACCCACACAAUUCUUGUUCUGAGGGGAGGAGAAAAUCAGGUGGUCGGAGCAAUUGUUCUUGAACUCAAUCCGUCUUCGGACUCGAUGAAGGUUAAUAACUUGGUUGUGCACCCCGCGGCACAAGGUCAUGGAUACGGGCGGGUCCUGAUGGAUUGUGCGGAGGACCUUGCAAGGUCACAGGAUUACCAGGCACUGACACUUUACACAAAUGUCAUGAUGUAUGAGAAUCUCGGUUUGUAUUUGAAACUGGGGUUUUUUGAGACUGAGAGGAAGCAUGAAGAUGGCUUUGACCGGGUCUAUUUUCGCAAAAAUUUCUACUGA